AUGGACGCGUCAAUAGUCAAAUACUGUAAUACAUGUCAAGAACUUGCUGGUUUUUAUUGUAAUGGCUGCAAUAGAAUAUUUUGUCAACAACAUGCAUACGAACAUCGACAGUCAUUAUAUGAACAACUUGAUUGGCUAACUGUUGACCACGACGAUUUUGUUUGUACACUUAAUGACGAUGCAUCGAUCGCCGAAAGAAAUUAUUCAUCAAGACAAAUUAUUGAUAAAUGGGAAGAAGAAUCCAUAGGAAAUAUUCGAAAAAUAGCGGCCGAAGCCCGAUUAGCACUUAUCGAUGCCAUAAAACAUCGUAUCAAUGGUGUGAAAGCAAAAUUAAAAAUGUUAACAGAAAAAUUACAAGCAUUAAGCCAUAAUAAUAGUAAUCAUGAUCAUAAUUUUGAUGAAAGAAAUAUAAAACAAUGGGCAACAGAUUUACAUAGUCUGAAGCAUGACUUUUUUACGCAGCCCACUUUUACAGUACGUGUUCAUGGAAGUAAACCUGUUGUAAUGCCAAUCAUUAGAAUUCAACCUGACUCACUAGAUGAAAACCAUUCGAAUAGUCCAGAAUCACAAAAUCAUGAAGGUUCUUUUGGUUUAGUUCCGUUAAAAAACUCUACUGAUUUGCAUGAACCAUCAUCUCGUCGUACCUCUACUACGAAUCAACAACACAAAACGAAUAAUUCGCUUUUACCUACAGAUCAUCAGAAUGUAAAUUUAAUAAUAAAAAAAGAUGACAGAUUUUCUAUACGUUCUGAUCAUGUUAAAAUUCUUGAAUACGGUCAACUUUUUACACAUGAUUCUUCAACGCGUGAUGCAUCUAUAGGUGGAUAUCAUGACUAUUCACAAGGUGAACAUAAAAUAUUCUUUCAUAUUGAACAUAUGACUUCUAAUCAAUGGAUUUUCUUUGGUAUUAUAUCGAAACAUGUAUUACUUGGUCAAAAAGCGUUUAUGGACUCAUCAGCAUAUGGUUGGGCUGGAUACAACAAAGUUUACGUGGGCGGAAAACCGAUGCCCAUACUCAACGGAUAUCAUGGCGACAUGAAAGUAAAGGAUUUUGUUGAAUUAACAAUUGACUGUGAGCGGCAAACAUUGUCUUUAUGGCAUUCGCGUCAAACGUGUAAAAAUAAACUUCCUAUUGAUAUCCGAACAUGUCCUUUUCCAUGGCAAUUUUUAAUAAGCUGCCAUAAUUCAAAUGAUAGUGUGCGUGUUUUACCGUCGUCAAUGAGCUCAAUAAUAAAAUGUGAACAAGACAAGUUAGAUAAUGCCAUAAAAAUAAGAGAAAUCCGAUUAAAACAUGAACAAGAUUGUUUUCCAAUAUCAUGGGAAACGAAUACAGCCGAGACAGUUCGAUAA